AUGAAAUAUAUUCUACGUCUUUUGCUGGUAAUCGUCUCUGUGGCGUAUGGAUAUAUUAUUGAAGGACUGAAUACUACUAGAACUGUGACGAAAAAAUUGAUGGUGACGAAUGGUGGACAGUACGGCCUUUGGACAGACCCAGAGUUUUGCCCAAUGGGAACGUUUGCAUCUGGUUACAAUAUGAAGAUAGAAUCAAAUCACCUUUUUGGGGACGACACGACGCUGAAUGCUAUCAAACUGACUUGUUCUGACACUUGGGGACAUCUUGAGAAGGGAGCAACUGUCACUUCCGGUGAAGGAAAUUUUGGAACAUGGGCAAAAACUGAAACAUGCAAUCAAGAGUACCACGCGGCAAACUUUCUCACGGCUUUCUCGCUUCAAGUUUCAGCUCCGCUGAGAUCUGUCAAACAAGGAUCGGGUGAUGAUACGUCUGCGAACUACAUAAAGUUUUACUGCCGUGAUCUUGCUGGAGAUAAUAACGAGACCGAACUCGCCCGAUCUCCCGGCAGUGCAUGGCGGGGCAAUUACGGUCAGUGGAGUGAGAGCUGUGACAAUGACAUGGCCAUUUGCGGACUCGCCACGAGAAUAGAGUCUCCACAAGGUCAUGGUGACGACACCGCCCUAAAUGAUGUCGUCUUCUACUGCUGCAGGCAAUCCAAAGAGUACCCGGGACCCGUUGGAAAAUAA